AGUCGCUCCGGACACUUCCUCCUGGGCCGCUGCCGCGGACUUAAACUUUGAAGGGGGAAAAAGGAGCCACCCACGCUGUGCUACCGCCCUUGCCCCCCACCCCACGCCGCCUCCGGAUCCUGCCAUCCUCGGUCCCUCAACCUGCCAGUUUUCUCUCUUCGGACCCCUGCACUUCUUCUACCAGCCCGCGGGCUCCUUCCGCUCUAGGACUCGGGUUCACAAGGCUCCCGCAGCCGGGUUUCGGCUGGGCGCUGGGUCCAGGCCUGUCCCCAUGGCCGCCCCCCCCUCCCAUCUCGCCGGGCUCCCUGGCUCUCCCAGGCCUGGGUCCCCUCUCCCCGCCGGCGGCUUGGAGCUACAGUCGCCACCACUGCCGCUGCCGGCCCCCGGGGUCUCCUUCCACAUCCAGAUCGGCCUGACCCGUGAGUUCGUGCUGUUGCCCGCUGCCUCUGAGUUGGCCCAUGUGAAGCAGCUGGCUUGUUCCAUCGUGGACCAGAAGUUCCCGGAAUGUGGCUUCUAUGGUCUUUACGACAAAAUCCUGCUCUUCAAACAUGACCCCACGUCGGCCAACCUCCUGCAGCUGGUGCGCUCGGCUGGGGACAUCCAGGAGGGCGAUCUGGUGGAGGUGGUACUGUCGGCCUCUGCAACUUUCGAGGACUUCCAGAUCCGGCCGCACGCCCUCACGGUGCACUCCUACCGCGCACCUGCCUUCUGCGACCACUGCGGGGAGAUGCUCUUUGGCCUGGUGCGCCAGGGCCUCAAGUGCGAUGGCUGCGGGCUGAACUACCACAAACGCUGCGCCUUCAGCAUCCCCAACAACUGCAGUGGGGCCCGCAAGCGGCGCCUGUCCUCCACGUCUCUGGCCAGUGGCCACUCAGUGCGCCUCGGCAGCUCUGAGUCCCUGCCCUGCACGGCUGAGGAGCUGAGCCGCAGCACCACAGAGCUCCUGCCUCGGCGCCCACCCUCAUCGUCGUCAUCCUCCUCCUCUUCUGCCUCAUUCUACACUGGCCGCCCCAUUGAGCUGGACAAGAUGCUGCUCUCCAAGGUCAAGGUGCCACACACCUUCCUCAUCCACAGCUACACACGGCCCACUGUUUGCCAGGCUUGCAAGAAACUCCUCAAGGGCCUCUUCCGCCAGGGCCUGCAGUGCAAAGACUGCAAGUUUAAUUGCCACAAACGCUGCGCCACCCGCGUCCCUAACGACUGUCUUGGGGAGGCGCUCAUCAAUGGAGAUGUGCCGAUGGAGGAGGCCACCGAUUUCAGUGAUUCCGACAAGACUGCCCUCCUCAUGGAUGAGUCAGAUGACUCCGGUGUCAUCCCAGGCUCCCACUCAGAAAAUGCCCUGCAUGCCACCGAGGAGGAGGAGGGCGAGGGAGGCAAGGCUCAGAGCGCUUCUACCCCCUCCAGCUCCCUGGGCUACAUUCCCUUGAUGAGGGUGGUGCAGUCAGUGCGACACACAACACGGAAAUCCAGCACCACGCUUCGCGAAGGUUGGGUGGUUCAUUACAGCAACAAGGAUACCCUGAGGAAGCGGCACUACUGGCGCCUGGACUGCAAGUGCCUCACGCUGUUCCAGAACAAUACGACGAAUAGAUACUACAAGGAAAUUCCACUGUCAGAAAUCCUCUUGGUGGAGCCCGCUCAGAACUUCACCCUUGUGCCACCAGGCACCAACCCACACUGCUUUGAGAUCAUCACCGCCAAUGCCACCUACUUCGUGGGCGAGACACCUGGAGGGGCCCCGGGCGGGCCGAACGGGCAGGGUGCCGAGGCCGCCCGGGGUUGGGAGAUGGCCAUCCGCCAGGCCCUGAUGCCCGUCAUCCUCCAGGACGCCCCCACCGCCCCAGGCCACGAGCCACACAGACAAGCUUCCCUGAGCAUCUCUGUGUCCAACAGUCAGAUCCAGGAGAACGUGGACAUUGCUACUGUCUACCAGAUCUUCCCGGAUGAGGUGCUGGGCUCAGGGCAGUUUGGAGUAGUCUAUGGAGGAAAGCACCGGAAGACUGGCAGGGAUGUGGCAGUAAAGGUCAUUGAUAAACUGCGUUUCCCCACCAAGCAAGAGAGUCAGCUCCGCAACGAGGUCGCCAUUCUCCAGAGUCUCCGGCAUCCCGGGAUCGUGAAUCUGGAGUGCAUGUUCGAGACUCCCGAGAAGGUGUUUGUGGUGAUGGAGAAGCUGCACGGGGACAUGUUGGAGAUGAUCCUCUCCAGCGAGAAGGGCCGGCUGCCCGAGCGCCUCACCAAGUUCCUCAUCACCCAGGUGAAGCUGUGUGACUUUGGCUUCGCGCGCAUCAUUGGCGAGAAGUCCUUCCGGCGCUCAGUAGUGGGCACGCCUGCCUACCUGGCACCCGAGGUGCUGCUCAACCAGGGGUACAAUCGCUCGCUGGAUAUGUGGUCUGUAGGUGUGAUCAUGUACGUCAGCCUCAGUGGCACGUUUCCCUUCAACGAGGAUGAGGACAUCAGCGACCAGAUCCAGAACGCAGCCUUCAUGUACCCCUCCAGCCCCUGGAGCCACAUCUCGGCUGGAGCCAUUGACCUCAUCAACAACCUGCUACAAGUCAAGAUGCGCAAGCGCUACAGCGUGGACAAGUCUCUCAGCCACCCCUGGUUACAGGAGUACCAGACAUGGCUGGACCUCCGAGAGCUGGAGGGGAAGAUGGGCGAGCGGUACAUCACCCACGAGAGUGACGAUGCGCGGUGGGAGCAGUUCGUGGCAGAGCAUCCACUGCCGGGCCCUGGACUGCCCACCCACGGGGAGCUUGCCAGGGCCCCUUUGCCACAGGACCAUGAGAUGCAGGGCCUGGCUGAGCGCAUCAGCCUCCUCUGAGCCUGGUGCCCCACCCACCUGUUGUCCUCCACAACAUCCCAGCAAUGAACUGUUCUGGGGGCUUUAGGGGAGUUUUUUCUUAUUCCCCAAGUUCCCUCCCUGUCUCCCCAACAAUUAAAACGGACUUGUCUCUGGCC